AUGCUUUUGGUUCAGGAAAAGGUCGAAGCCUCCGAGGAACAACUUCUUGUUCAAGUCGAACAAUCUCUGAAACUUUCAAAUGACUACGCUAUUGAUUUGGCUCGUCCAGAUGGACACUGGUGUGGAGAGCUCAAAUCGAAUGUUACUAUCACGUCUGAAUAUAUCUUCCUUCGACAAGCUUUAGGACUGGACCUGAAAACCGACAAUCCCGCUUACUGUCGCCAUAUCCUUUCCCAGCAAAAUGAUGAUGGCUCCUGGAGUCUGGCCCCUGAGUAUCCUGGCGAUGUAUCAGCUACAACUGAAGCUUACCUCGCGCUGAAGAUACUAGGGAUCAGCCCAGAUGUGCCACUCAUGCAACGAGCCAAACAAUUCGUCCUCACAGCCGGUGGUGUUGCCAAAGUCCGUGUCUUUACGCGCAUCUUUCUCGCAACAUUCGGCUUGUUUCCUUGGGAUUCAAUUCCUCAAUUGCCUGUUGAGCUCAUGCUUCUCCCUCCAAUCUCCAUGAUCAACAUCUACAAGUUCGCCUCCUGGGCGCGAGGUACAAUCGCCCCACUUUUGAUUAUCUGCCAUCAUCAACCCGUCUACGCGCUUCCGAAUGGACAGUACGCUGGGAAUGACUACCUGGAUGAGCUAUGGCAGGAUCACACGAUGAAAAACGUACGCUGCGGCCCCACUCUUCUCGAGAUGGCCUCUCAAAGAGAUGUGACAGGCCUUGCAUUCGGCAUUCUCGAUAACCUGCUUUACCAACUAAACGGGCUUCGCUCCAUUCCAUUCCUCCGUACAUACGCCAGGAAGGAAUGCAUGAAAUGGAUCUUGGAGCGUCAAGAGCCAACUGGCGAUUGGGCUGGGAUCUUUCCACCCAUGCACGGCAGUGUCUUUGCGUUCAUGUUAGAAGGUUACAGUCUCGAUGAUGCCCCGGUUCGCCUUGGUAUUGAAGCACUCGAAAAUUUUGCCUGGGAAGACGAAAAUGGCAAGCGGAUCCAGGCAUGUAUUUCGCCUGUUUGGGAUACAGCCUUGAUGGCCAUUGGGCUAUGUGAUGCGAAAUCACCUGAUCACAAGACCGUUGAGAAAGCCGUUAAAUGGAUUCGGAAACGACAACUUCUAGAGCCCCGAGGUGAUUGGCGGGUCUAUCGCCCGGACCUCAUUCCAGGUGGAUUCAGCUUCGAGUACGAAAACAGUUGGUAUCCUGAUGUGGAUGACACGGCUGCUAUCAUUCUGGCUCAGCUGAAGCAAGAUCCAAAAUCGGUUACGUCUUAUUCCGUCGUCGCGGCAGCCACUUGGAUAAUCGGUAUGCAGAACCCAGAUGGUGGGUGGGCUGCUUUUGAUGUUGAGAACGAUAAGCUCUUCCUCAACAAAAUACCUUUCAGCGACAUGGACAGUCUGUGUGACACAUCGUGCCCAGAUAUUACCGGCCGCAUCCUGGAAGCUUUCGGCCUGAUGAUGAAAGUCGCUCCUGAAAAGUCGUCGGCUGGCUUACCUGCCCUACGUGCAUCCUGCAUGCUUGGUAUUUCAUACCUUGCUGCUACACAGGAGCCCAAUGGAUCCUGGUUCGGAAGAUGGGGAUGUAACUAUGUCUACGGCACGGGUCAUGCACUGUGUGGUCUUUCCUAUCAUCGCGAUGAUGACAUAAGAGUGGAGAGACUAGUGCAGCCAGCUCUGAGGUGGUUGAAAACGAGACAAAAUGCCGACGGUGGCUGGGGCGAGUCCUUGCUAACAUAUCGCACCCCUUCCACGCAGCCAAUAGGAUCGACACCGUCGCAGACUGCAUGGGCACUGAUGGGCUUGUUGGCACAUCUCCCUUAUACCGACCCGACAAUUGGCCGUGGGAUUCGCUACCUUGUGUCCUCACAGAAGCCGGAAAAGGGCAUUGGUUCUUCCUGGCCCGAAUCGGUAUACACUGGAACUGGUUUCCCAAAUCAUUUCUAUUUGGGCUAUGACUACUACCGUCACUACUUCCCCAUGAUGGCUCUCGGUCGUUAUCUGCAGGAGGCCCAGAGUAGGAAUUAG